AUGACAUCUGUAAUGUUUGUUUUCUACCUGACAUGUUUGUUCUUGUGGGGAAAGGUCACUUUACCUCAGGAGACACAUCAGUCCUUGUCUGUUCAUCAAGAGAGUGGCUUCAAAUCAGUAAAUGUUGGUGAAACUGUAAUUUUGCGAUGUUUCUAUGAAAAUGAAGUGGCAGCAAGGUUUUACUGGUAUAAGCAAACAUUGAGACAAAAACCAGAGCUAAUUUCUUCUUUCUACAUCUAUAGUGACAGUGAGGUAUUUUAUGAUGAAUAUUUAAACAAUUCACGAUUUACAAUGGAAAUUAAAAAUGGUAAAAACCACUUGAUUAUUUCAGAUUUGCGUAUUUCAGACUCAGCUACUUAUUAUUGUGCAAGUACAACUUCUACCACCGUUGAAUUUGCAGAAGGCGUUACAGUCAGUGUAAAGGGUUCAGGUUUUAAUAUUAACACUUUAGUUCAUCAGUCUUCCUCUGAGACCGUCCAGCUAGUAGACGCUGUGACUCUGAACUGUGCAGUACACACUGGGACCUGUGAUGGAGAACACAGAGUUUACUGGUUCAAAGACUCUGAAGAAUCUUAUCCAGGACUGAUUUACACUCAUGGAGGCAGGAACGAUCAGUGUGAGAGGAAAAACAACCCCAAAACACACACCUGUGUCUACAACCUGCCAAUGGAGAACCUGAAUCUGUCUCAUAAUGGGAUCUACGACUGUGCUGUUGCCUCAUGUGGACACAUACUGUUUGGAAAUGGGACCAAGCUGGAGUUGAAGAAUGAGGAGGUUUCUCUCGUCUUGGUGUAUUUCUUGAGUGGUGCUUUGGCGUUCACCACUAUCCUGACACUUUCACUGGCUGCCUUACUGUACACACACAAGAGAAAAGGCCAGCAAGUUACAGAGUCUGAUGCAAGAUUUUCAGCUUCAUACACAAUGAACUCAGAGCAGAGUUUCCAGGCUGAAGAAAACCUCCAUUACGCUGCUUUAAGAGUAAAGAAGGCCAAUCGAUCGAGAAGUCGAAGAGAUGAUACAGAGGAUAAAUGUAUCUACUCUGGUGUUAGGAAAUAAAACCGAUCAUGUUUUAACUUUGAGUAGCUCUGUAAAUAGUUGCUAUAAACUAAACAAAAAUGAAAAUCUCUCUCCAAUUGUUUUUGAUGACAAGCAGAAGUUUGUCAUGACACUUGUUAUCAUGAUUUUGGCAGUUUUUAUUGGGAUGAUAGGUACAAACUUUACAACAUCAAAAGUCCACAAUUACGAUAACGUAUCAGUAUACUAGAAUUGUCCCUUUGUAUUGAUUUUCUUUUCAUACUCUGUAGCAGGCCCAGAUUUGCACCACAGUUUAACUCUGUAGAAGCCACGGAUAUGAUUGCUAUUAUUUCUAUUGUUAUUUGAUAUGCAAUUAAACUAUUGUGUCAUGCUGAAAUGAUAUAACUUCAAAUCAUCCAAUAAUGAAUAUAAAACACAUUUAUCACUUAAAUUGCAGAUUUGUAGUAUUUUGUGAAGCAUUUUGUAAGGUUGAUUUGAUCAGUGCUAUAGAAAUUGAGACUUCAUGUUGAUGGAUAAAAGUGACACGAUUUGCUGCUUGUCUCAGCUACCAGUACUUCUACUAUUAAUUGUGUUUACGUACCACUCAGGAUCUUUUUGUCCACAGUUUUUCCAGUUAUUCAUCUUCUUGUAAUUGUAAAA